CCGCACACUCUGAAGGACGGAGUGAAACAUGGCGGCCUCCUUGCUGAGCAGGAGGGCAGCUUCGCUGUUAAGCAUUACUACAUUAAAGUCUUUUCUGCCCGCUCUUUCGGAGACCGGUGUCUUACAGCAGAUAGCUGGCUAUAACCCCCGACCCCUCAGGCUGAACCUAAAAGACCCCUACAUUCCGGAUAAGAGCAGUGAGAAGACUCCCGAGUGGCAGAAGACGGAGCGCUAUGACAGGAAGGUGUUUGCUCGGUACGGCAGCGCGUCAGGAGUGAGCCCGGCUCUGCUGUGGCCCUCUCCCGCCCAGCUGGAGCAGAUCAUCGCCGAGGAGAAACAGUGGCACCCUACGCUCGAAGAGACGCUGGAGAAAGUCGCAGCGAAAGAGAAGGAAAGAGCGGCUAAACGGCUUGCGAGAGAGAAGCUGAUAGCUGCCAACAUGGCCAAAAUGCCUAAGAUGAUUGCAGACUGGAGGAAGGAGAAGCAGGACAUGAAGAGAAAGAAGAAGGAGGAGAAGGCCAAAAAGGAGCGGCUGCUGGCCGAGGCUCGGGAGCGUUUUGGUUAUGCGCUGGACCCCCGCAGCCCCAAGUUCCUAGAGAUGGUCGCUGAGAUUGAGAAGGAGGAGAGAAAGAAGAGGAAGCUUCUGAAACGGAGAAAGAAAGAAGAGGAACAGGGGCUGGCUCCUUCAGUGCCCGCGGUGGCAGAAUCCGCUUAGACACACUGGCUGAAUCAAAUACACUGACUUUUUUGUACAUAGCAACAUUAAAACGUGGCAAUUUCUUCAGACCUUUUGAAAGACCCACCAUUUCUUUCCCUUUCGUUGAAUUAAACUGUUAAAACCAGAAA